UUCAUUGACCAGGGGGGAGGUGCCUCCUUUCCUUUGCUUUGAUCUCUUCUUUCUUCUUCAUUGCUUCCUCUGCUCCCAUGUUUCAGUCAAAUAUCAAAUUCUAUCAAAUGGACCCUUUUACCCAUUUCCUGUAUUAUUAUCAUUUCGUUACUUCUUUCACUUUCAUCACAGUCGAAUAUACAUAUAUAUCCCGAUUUCUUGGUCUUCUUCGUCCCUCAUUCUUCUUUUACUUCUUCUUGUUCUUGAUUUUUCUAAUCUAUGCUACAUUAUUCUUAAAGAUUAUUCUUCAAUUAUGGGAAAUUGCUGCAGAAAACCUGCCAAGUGUGCCCAUGCUUCUUCUACUAAUUUCUCUUCUCCUGGUUGGCAGUAAAAAGCCUCAUGGUUAUAAUAAGGGGAAGUCAGAUUCCACGUCUUCCCAACCGACAUCAAUAGGUAGUUUGAACGAAUCUUUACGCUCAUGCACAAUUGAUACAUCUGUUCCGAGCAAUCUCAAGUCCUUUAGCUUAAGUGAGCUGAAAAAUGCUACCAAGAACUUUCGCUCAGAAACAAUGCUUGGAGAGGGUGGUUUUGGAUGUGUUUUCAAAGGAUGGCUUGAUGGUAAUACUUUAGCUCCGGCUAAACCAGGAAGUGGGAUUGUCGUGGCAGUAAAGAGGCUCAAAGCUGAAAGUUUUCAGGGUCAUAAGGAGUGGCUUGCAGAAGUAAACUAUUUAGGCCUGCUUCGUCAUGAAAAUCUAGUGAAACUCAUUGGCUAUUGUGCUGAGUAUGAGAACAGACUUCUGGUUUAUGAGUUCAUGCCAAAGGGAAGUUUGGAGAAUCAUUUGUUCAGAAAAGGUGAUCAACCAAUUACCUGGACUAUUCGGAUGCGCAUUGCAGUUGAUGUAGCAAGAGGAUUGUCCUUCUUACAUGGUUUAAAUGCCAAUGUUAUUUAUCGUGAUCUGAAGGCAUCCAAUAUUCUACUUGAUUCGGGUUAUAAUGCAAAGCUUUCAGAUUUUGGCCUAGCAAGGGAUGGUCCUACCGGAGAUAACACUCAUGUUUCAACCAGAGUGGUUGGAACCCGAGGUUAUGCUGCACCAGAGUAUGUAGCAACAGGUCACUUGACUCCAAAGAGUGAUGUGUACAGCUUUGGUGUUGUCUUACUAGAAUUACUAUCAGGAAGAAGGGCGAUGGAUGACGAGAGAGUUAAUUUUAUUGAAGAGACUCUGGUGGAUUGGGCAAAACCUUUCCUAAGUGACCCCAGGAGAGUUUUGAGAAUCAUGGACACUAGAUUGGGUGGUCAGUACUCCAAAAAAGGUGCUCAAGCUGCAGCUGCACUUGCAUUGCAAUGUCUGCACACUGAUCCAAAAAAUCGGCCACAGAUGAUCGAAGUACUAACCACGUUAGAAAAACUAAACACAGCAAAGGAUGUGUCGAGAGCGCCUCCUCCUGCUAAGCUAAAUAGUCAUAGGAUCAACAACAUGAACAGCCCUCACAGGAUAAAUCAAGCAACUAGCAAUUUUGUAUAACCAAUUUUUACUCGCGGCUGAUGCAUCAACCUCUUAAAGCAUGUAUAAAAUCCGUUAAUGCGCCUAUUUUCAAGAUUAGUUCUGCAGACUGCUAAAGCCCUUUUACUAGCAAGUCAGUGUCUAUAUAAUCUCUCAACUUCUUGAUGAAUGGUGUUGUGGACAAAGGCAUUGCGAAUUAGCUACAUAGUCUUGUAGUCUUGUAUAGUAUCUGUUCGUUAGGGUAAUGAAUCAUAAAAUGUAGAGUUGAGAUUAACUACUGCUCUUGUAUAGGGUUGCAUUCUGUCUUUGCUAUAGCAUGAAGAACACACACAAAACCAAGAACUUCAGUGGUAGUAGGCUUGCAGUAAAACAGAAGCUACAGAGAUUUUCCUAGAGAUCAGAUGAGUUUAUUUAGCAGUUAUCAACAAUUAUGUCUUCCCAAUCUUGUUAAGCAAUCAUUUUAUAUAUCUGUUUA